ACGGCAAUAUCGAUGUUUCUGUCGAUCCGUUACAACACCGUAAUCCAGCGCAGUGGUAAAAGUGGGGACUCACUCUCACUGUUCGCCAAGCAGAGGACCUCGGCUCUCUCGUCGUUUUUAAAACGCUCGAGACCGCGAGUUCGCGUCCCCAGCUCGCGUAACCCAGCUGAACAGAAAUCGAUAGGUGAAAGAAAGGACGUUUCGACUUUCUCAGGGCUCCAUCGCGUCCAAGAUGACGAGCCAGAUCGAGACUUUGGAGAAUUCCUUCAGGAACCUCACCUGCGACCACCAUUAUAUCCCCUCUGCGAUCGAGAGCAUAGAAAGAUUAGGCGCUUUUAGCGUGGGUUUAUUGAGUUCAGGAGCGAUCAUCUCGACUCUGACUUUAUACUUCGCCAUGGACGCUUGCCACAAUAUCUUGUACCAAAAAGAAUCAAAGUUUUACAAGAUCAACGUCAUAAUGAUCUUCGCGGUCUAUCCAGUCGCCAGUGUUUGCAGCCUCACAGCCAUAGGGAUACCAAGGGCCCAGUUGCUGUCCGAGGCGAUCAUCCAAAUCUACCUAACGAUAUCCCUCUAUCGACUUUAUCUGCUGCUCAUCCACAUCGGCUUCAAAAGGGUCACGAAAUCGCCGCCAUUAAUGCUGAAAGUCAGCCCCUGUUGCUGCUGGCCCUGUCUGUCCUUUCCAAAUCUUAAAAUGACCGACGCCAGUUUGUCCUCGCUCAGGCUGGCAGUCCUGCAACUUCCCAUUAUCCAGAGCUUGGUAUGCUGCACGUUUCUGUUUAUAUCCAUCUGGGAUCCCAGCGUCCUGAGGCAGUGGGGUUUGUACCUUCAAGUCGCUUCAGUGGUUAGUAUACUUCUCGGAAUAUACGGACUGACCAUUACGGUGAAGAGUCUGCAGGAAGUCGCUCCAGAGGACAAACUCCAUCUCAAGACCACGGUAACUCAGAUGGUGUUGCUAUUCUCGAAGCUGCAGGCGUUCCUUGUGAAGAGUCUGCCGCAGACGGGCCUGUUUCCGUGCAAUCCACCAAUUACGCCGCAAGUCUACGCGAACAUUACCUACGAUGCCCUGAUGAUAAUCGAGAUGCUGCUGCUCUGCUACGCGGCGAGGUACGUUUAUUACGUGGACCUGAAAAGGGAGGAGAACACGUCGGUCGAGGCGACAGAUCGCCCCAAAGACAAGACCACGGAACAACAAGCGAACUCGACGAAUAACAACGAGGAGACCAGCAGGCAACCGUCGUCCCUGACCGCGCUGGAUUUCGCCUCAAAGUUCGGCGUCGUUCCGAAUAUCCAAUUAACCGCUGUCACCGAGAAUUAACCCGGUCAUACGCGUUGGACCAUGAGAGACUAUGUCGUGCGUGCGUCGAGAGAUCCUCCAAUUUCGAUCCGAGUGGAACCUGUCGCAAGGGAAUCUCGAGUACCGAAAACAAUUAGUUGACAAACUGUUUUGCUCUCGCAAGCGGCUGACCAUUUGGUAAUAUCGAUGGCUUUAAUCGGUGUAAGCUUCCUGGUGCUGUAAUGUAGUAAUUACCUGUCGAGUAAUCGUAGACCUCUCAUUUUAAAUUUAAACAAAUUAAGUACGAACUACAGCUCAGUGUUACGUAAAAGCCUGCGUUAAAUAAAUGGUGAUAGCCAACGUAUCAAUGGCGUCACGUGUGAGGCAAGACUUAUGGACGAAAUAUUGUUAUCGAUAAACUAGAAAAUUAGUGUUCGAGUAUGUUGGAAUGAAUGUUACAUGUACAGAGUCCUCGACGGCUUGUUAACUUAAAUUGCUUAGAAAAGUACUGAUUAGAGAAUAACGGAAGACUUCGUUACCUAAAUAUGAACUACUAAAUAUAUGUUUUGCUGGCGAAACUUACAACGGAAUUGUUACUGUAAAGUAAACGAUAUCCACGUGCUAUUUUUUAAACACUUGCCAGACAGUAAGAACAGAUUACAUUCGCUGUUUUGUUCAAAGUGUCUAGAUUCUAAGUUGAAAUAAUCUAAUUUUAUACAAUUCGAUGAAUAUGACUUAAUAUUUUGUCUAAAUUAAAAAGUGAUCACGUUCGAGUAGCUAGUAUCAUGAUUCGAAGUAUACCUGUUGCUCCAUUGAUACUCGAACGAAAUGUUCAUCUUUGCGGUUGAAGAUGUCAUCGCCAACUUCUCAAUCGUUGACGAAGAAGGCCCUACCGCAGUCUCGUCGCAUCCAUCGAAGUCACUCGCGUCGAAACAGGA